CGUCACGUGAUCAUCCGUCCGCUAAAUUUGGAUUGAGGUUUGUUGUGGUUUGUUGUGAAGCUGCUGCAAGACCUCAAGACCUCCAGGCAUGUGAGGUGUAUGAGCUUUCCUGAAAUCUGACGAGUGAAAAUUCCAAACUGUCAGUCAAACUACAGAAACUCUACACUUUAUCACUGAAAUGCCUUUUUACUUGAGAGAUUCAACCGGAAGUUUUGUUUGACGACUCUAAACUUCUGUAUCUUCAGAAAGUGUUUGCCAACAUUAGCUAUGAAUCUGCACUUUAAAAUCCACCACACUGCUGAGACGGUCGAGGAGCUGACGCAGAAAUAUUUGUCCCGGAGGAAGCAGAUGCUCCGAUCAGAAGACAUUAUCUCAGGAACUAAUGAUGAGACAGAACAAAGGCUCAUCUAUCCUAACAGAUCCAAACGGCGAAGCAAAGACAUGAAAUGUUACAGUAAAGCUUUACAUGAUCUGUUCAAAGCUUUUACAAACCAUCCUGACAACUUUGGCAGUGACCUGAGUCCUCAUGACAGCAACGAAGACCUGAGGGAGGACUCGACAGCUGACCGAUUUCAGGACUCUCAGGUGUUGUUCACAGAAACAGAUGUGACCUUGCCCUCCUGUCUGGAUGGAAGCCCUGGGUCCCAGGAAAAUGAGAUCAACAGGAAGUUUCAGAGAGCUCAUCAACUCCCUGACUCCAGUCCUUCCUCUACCUUGGUGCUAGCAGAGGUGUACCAGGAGAUGAUGACCAUUUAUGAACAACUAAGGGCAGAGCGACAAAGCCAGCAUGAGUGGGAGAGGGAGCUUGAGGAACGAGAAAAGAGGCUGAAGCAACACAAGGAGGCUUUCGGGAAGCUGGCCGGUCUUGAGGAGAUGCUGCACACUCGCAUGUACGCUGUAGAGGAGAAACACAAGCAUGAGCUGGGCCAGCUGCAGGAUCUUCUCCGAGAGAAGAACAAGGAGAACAAGAGGCUUAAAUCUAGCUUUGACAUCAUCAAGGAGCAGAACGACAACAUGAAGAAACAGAUGAAAGCGAUCAGUGAACAAAAUGAGAAGUUGGAGAGCCAGGCGAAGAGGGUGCAGGCCCGACUUGACAACCUUCAGAGGAAAUUCGAGCACAAUGUAUCAUCGAGAGUUUGUGAAAAAGUGAGUGUGAAGAGCACCGAGGGUUUGAAACCAUCCAAAAAGGAGAAAACUGCUGCUGCCGGGAAACCUCGCAACAAGGGCUGCUCCGGUCACACGUCAGCAAAGCUGCUUGCCCUUCUUCUGGACUGGAUACUUGACGGACAGAUAGUCUCAUCAGCAGCAGGAAACAAAGGGAAAGGUGUCGACCAGUGUCUUCCUCCAGAGGUCUUACUCAACGAGAGAUGCCUUAAGGUGUUACCAUUAUUAGCAGAUCAGCUUCAUCGUACUCCUCCGUCAGAAGAUGAACUCCUGCUCAACCUUCUUCGUGUCAUCAACUUGGUUUUGGGACACAUGGACAGCACUACAUUGCAUGUAGCACUGUCUGCUACUCUGCGGCGGAUAGGGGAGCAAGUGUCAAAGCUGUCAGCUCCGUCAACGAUGUCUGAAGAUCCAGACCGGCACAAGUACUGCAGUGUGGCUGCUGCUGCUGGACCCUGCAGGAGCUGGCCCCUUUACCGCAGUCCCUGUCCUCACACACGCAUCCUCUCCACCCUCAUCGUGUUCCGCACAGUCACACAAGCUGAUGUGCUGGCCCAGGCUCUGGACAGUCUCCACACUGAGCUGAUGUCAGAGGAGAGCCGAGGUCUUUUCAUCCACUAUGGAGGAGUGUGUGUGCUGCUGUCCAUGCUGCAGGCUGGCCGUGGAGGUCUACACACACCUGUGGACAUCCUGAUGCAACUCACUGAACAGUCCCGCUACUUAAACACCUUCCUGGAGUCGUGUAGUUGCGAGGAGUUUUUCCACACGGCCUCCAGGCUUCUUAAAAACCCACGCCUGGAGCUCUCAUCGCUGGAGAAGCUCUCCAUUCUUCUGCAGAAGCUCUCCAGCAUCAGGAAGAACCGUCGUUUGUUUGAAGUGUCCUCUCUCCACCUUCAGUUACAAGAACUCUAUCACAGAACCAACCGCACACACACUUUCCUCCGCCUGAACCUCAGGUCCAUCCUCCACCACCUGCAAUAAAACUCGCCACAUGUUUCCUUCUUCUUAAUAAACAUUCAUAAUAUAUCCUCAUAUUUCUACAGCUAAAAUACUUCAAGUCCCUCUACCUCAAGUAACAUAUGCAAACUCACAUUCUUAAUGAUACUGUGACAUAUUUUUGUUGUUCUUUUGUCUGUCAGAAUUUUUUUUUCAUUGUUUGGACUUUGUGAUCUUCCUGUUUUCAUGUUGCACAAUGACAGUCUGAUGUUUUGUCCUCUGUUGUUUCUGUGAUGAACCUUUUUUUUUUUUUUAAUGCGUCAGUCUUUCCAGAGGCCCUAAUGGGUGUCUGAUGUGCCCAGAGGAAGAGAUGAGACAGUGAAGUUUUUUGAUGACAAUAAACAAAAAUAACUGAAGCUUA